GCCUGCAGACGGUUCCCAUAGGCGAACACACGAUCAAAGCAAGCAGCAUUUAGCGUGUUCGCAAUAACCACAAUAUCUUCAUCCUACCAUCCGUUGUUACGUCGGUAAUAGCUCCGGCGGUAUGUCUAGUGCCAGUGCCCGUUCGCUAAAAAUCUUCGUCGGCAAUAUCGCUUGGACGGUGGGGCACCGGGAGUUGCGUAAUUAUUUCAGCCAGUUCGGCAAGGUGUCGUGGGCCCAAGUGGUAUUCGAUCGGAAGUCAGGACUAUCGAAAGGGUACGGUUUCGUGGCGUUUCAGAAAAAGACCGCACUGGACAACUUGGAACGGAACCAGAAGCACGUGCUGGACAACACGCCCAUCUUUUUCCAGCAGACGGAUUAGUUAGCUGCAGAUGUCCGUAGUGUUAGCCGGUUAGGGCAUCCGUAGUUAUAGUAGGAUUGUAGGAUAUGUGUUAGGAGUUCAAACGGGCGUCAUUUAAGGCUCUUCGAUAUGGCAGACCUUACGGAAGAGGUAA